AAUGAAGGGAACAAUAGACGAUGUACCCAAGUUGCCAUCACUACCAGGGACAGAGACGACACGAGAGGAGGAAGAGGUGGAGGACGAGGAGGACUCUCCCGAUCGGCCAUCAAAGGCACGUCGACCUUCAGGUCCCAAGGUGAAGGACCCUUACGCCUCUGAUGACACGAGCACCAUGCUCCUCCCAGUUAUCAUUGCCCUAGGGGCUUUCAUUCCUCUCCUCUUCUGCCUCUGUAAACUCUAGAGAUCAGGUCAGGGGUCCAAAUGUGUAAGGUCAGUGUUUAACAUGUGUAAGGUCAGAGGUCAUCAUGUGAUAGGUCAAAAGUGUUUUGAUCUAUUAAGUGAGAGUGGUGUAUGUGUGAGUGACUGCAUAAAAAACUUGUAGUUCAAAGGUCAGGGAGAACAAAUCUUUGGAGGUAGUGAGCAUGAACUUAGACAUUUGAUGUUGACUUGUCACUGUGAUGAAAGGUUUGUUCACAAAAAUGUAAAAGGUUAAAGGUCAAUUGAUGGAUGUCUGAGGUAAUAAGGUAGUGUGCAGAAUUGGGCAGUAUUGUUGUUUUGCAAGUCAGAGGUCAAAUUAUACAAGAAGUGUAAAUGAUAUAUGCAUGUUUAUAUAUAAAAAGAAUAAUUAUGUAAGUUCACACAACAGUAUACCUGUGUUUUCAGUAAUGACUGGAAUAAAACAUAGCAAGUAGAACGUGUAAGUUCCUGCUCUUAACAAAGAGUUUUUACAUGUCCUUCGGUCACUUGGUAUUGUCUUAACAACAUCAAACUCUGUUUUUACUAAAUAUAAUGUCCGUUAAGUUGGUUCAAAAUGUAUUUGAGUGUAUAUUGACCUGAAAUGUGUUUUUUUUUAACUGGCAUAAAACCCUUUCUGUUUAUUGGAACAAUCUAGGAAUCCAGUGGUUGGGCAUAACAACUUUAAUGUAUUUGGUACAAUGUAGAAAUCUAGAUAUCUUUUUGACAUAAAAACCUUUAUAUAUUGGGUGUUAUAUAGAAAUCUAGAGGUUUUACAUAACACUUUCUUUAUAUUGGGUACAAAGUAGAAAUAUAGGUUUGUUAUCAGUGUUUUCUGAUCCUUUUUGUGUCGCCUGCAACGCGAGGCAACAU